AACAGUCGAAAAAGUGGAGCAGUUGUACAAACUUGGCAUUGAUCAUUGUUGCUGCAGACAGAUAAAUGUAACAUCGUAAAUUAAUCGUUGGUUAUCUGUCAACGUAGACGCGUCUCAUUUCGUUAACGAAGUUUUAAUUGUUUUGUUGAAUUUGCUUUCACUCUCUGUCGACCUCUUGUUCUCCCAAAAUGACUGCUGUGAAAUCACUCGCCGUUCUCGUUCUUGCCUCUGUUGUGUUGGCAACUCAUGCCUUGAUUUUCAAAGAUUGUGGAUCUGUUUUUGGGAAAGUUCGGUCAGUGGCAGUUUCUGGUUGUGAAACGAGCAACACAUGUAUACUUAAAUCUGGUUCCAGUGCCAACUUUACAGUUGUGUUCACUUCGUUGGAAGAUACUGAUACAACCAAGGCUAGCGUCCAUGGUAUUAUUGCAGGAAUUCCUAUGCCUUUUCCUCUACCACAGAGUGAUGCUUGUCAAAAUUCUGGUUUGGUAUGCCCCUUAAGUAAUGGGCAAAACUAUACUUACACAGCAUCCAUUCCAAUCAGUCCUGCCUACCCUAAGAUCAAAGUACUAGUCAAAUGGGAGCUUCAAGAAGUUCAUGGAAAAGAUUUAUUCUGUAUUGAGAUUCCCGCCGCAAUCUUGUAAGCGGACUCAAACCAUACCUUACUUUAUUCUGUUAAUCUGUGUUCUAAAAGUGUUUGUAAUCCAAUAAAAAAACAGUGAAAUAUAAAAUGUCGGCGAAACGUA